AUGAAGGAAACGCAGAAGAUGAACUUUUUGGUGAUUUACUCUCACAAGAAGAAGGAAUUAAUGUUAGCUGGUGUAUCUUUUGUUCGUUCGCAUUUAUGCGCGGGGAAUUCUUUUUUAUUUGGCGUUAGGGGAACAAAGGUAAAUGAAGGACUACUUAUGGUGGACAUUGAGUUCGUUGAUAGCUGCAGCACAGCAGCACAAGAAGAAGCAGAAGCAGCAGCAGCAGCAGCAGCAGCAGCAUCAGAGGAUAUUCUUAUUUACAGGGGUACAUUUGAUAUGUCAAUCUUCUGGAGGGAAGCAUUGGGGAAUAAAGAAGGAGAAGAUGCAUGCCAUCUAUUACUACCUAAUUUACAACCUACUAUUGAGCGUACGUUCCGUCGUGCUCGUUUAUUAUCUUCUUUUCCUUUUUAUCUUUCUCCUUUUCUUUCUAUUCCUAUCUGCCUAUACACCUCAAUAACUAACCCUAAACUUUUAUCUCCUUCCUUAAUACAUUUACCAUCAAGGGCCCCCCUUCUUUCUUGUACCCGAUUGUCAAUACACCCACCAGGGGGGGCCCCCCAGUCUGUACACCCCAGCCAACCUCUUGCAACAAAAGUACCUAUGGGGGAUACACAAGGGGGCACUCAAGGGGGCCCACAAAAGGCGUCUCAGGGGGCCCCUCUAAAGGUCUCUCAGGGGGGCCCCCAAGGGGGCCCCCAAGAGGACUAUUUAGUGGUUGGGGGACCCGAAGAGGAGAGUAUAAUAGUUGGGGGCCCCGAUGGUGGGGGCUCCCUUGGGGGCCCCCCAGAGGAGCGUAUGAUAGUAGGGGGGCCCCAAGAGGAGCAUGCAGUGGUAGGGGGGCCCCCUGGAGUCCCCCCAAAGGAGGAUGGAGGAGUUGGGGGCCCCCACAUAUCGAAGGGGGCCCCGCAGGGGGGCCCCAACGUAUCGAAGGGGGGCCCCCAGGGGGGCCCCCUUGAUGAUAUUAAGGGUAUGGGUACAGUAGUAAAAGUAUUUGAGCAUGCAGAUAGGGUAAUAGAGGUAACAGAAGAAGAAAUACGCCAAUUAAAGGCAGCAAUAGUUACUUAUGUAUUAAAGAGGGGGGCCCCCGUACAAUUGGGGGCCCUAUUACCCCAGAUGUAG